AUGGAUUCGGGGAGAGCUGAUGUCAGCAUGGGGUUUGUGGAGGCGGAGGAUUUCGGGCAGCACGUGGACUUGACGCAGCGGAUUCGCGAAGUGCUCGCGAAUUACCCCGAGGGUACCACGAUUCUCAAGGAGCUGAUUCAGAACGCCGACGACGCUGGCGCUUCCAAGGUUCGUCUCCUUUCUGCCUGGACCAUCGCACGCACGGCUCGGGAUCGUCUCGUCUACGCGCCCCUCGCCCAGUUCCAGGGCGCUGCGCUGCUCGUGUCCUUCUGUCUGGACCAUCGCACACACGGCACGGCGUCGCUCGCCUCCACGCCUCUCGCCCAGUUCCAGGGCGCUGCGCUGCUCGUGCACAACGACGCUGUUUUUUCGGAUGAGGAUUUUGCAAGCAUCUCACGGGUGGGAGACAGCGGCAAGCGCAAGCAGUCCUGGAAGACGGGCCGAUUCGGCAUCGGAUUCAACUCAGUCUAUCAUCUCACGGACCUCCCCUCUUUUGUCAGCCGUCAGUUCGUCACUUUCUUCGACCCGCACUGCGCCUACCUGCCCCGUGUCUCCGCAGCCAAUCCGGGCAAGAGAAUAGAUUUCGUCGCUGCCCGAGCGGCGAUGGCAGCGCAGCGGGACCAGUUCUCCCCGUACUGUGCAUUCGGGUGCGACAUGCAGAGGCCGUUUGCGGGGACGCUGUUCCGGUUUCCGCUGCGGACGGAGGAGCAGGCGGGGAAGAGCAAGCUGUCACGGCAGGCGUACAAUGCAGCUGACAUGGCGGCUCUGUUGAGGGAGUUUGAGGCUGAAGCAGUCUCCUCUUUGCUCUUCCUCAAGCACGUGGAGCGAGUGGACGUGUUGGAGUGGCAUCAGGGCGCCACCGCCCCCGCACCUCUCUUCUCCUGCCGCAUCUCCUCCCCCGACUCCCCCCUCCGCUUCCACCGCCAAGCCUUCUCCCGCCUCGCGCGCCCUGCUGCUGCUUCUGGUGCUACUGCUGGUGCUGCAGCGCCUGGGGCGUCAGGGGCUGGAGGGGGGGCAGGGUCAGGGGUGAUUUUCAGUGAGAAGGACAGCACGGAUUUUUAUGAGAUUGGGUUCGUUUGCGAGUCGUUUUCCCCGGGAAGUGCCCCUGAAACUGCUGGAGGGACUAAGGAGGCGGCUGGGGUGGGUGAGAAGGGGGGAGGGAGGAGGGAGGAGCGGUACUUUGUGUCUCAGAGGAUGGGAGGGGCGUUGGGUGCGGUGGGGCGCAUGGCAAGGCGAGCAGCGGAGGAGUAUGAUAUUCACCUGGUGCCGUGGGCGUCUGUGGCUGCUAGAGUGGGCUGUGAAGGAGACACACCAGACGCACCGGGCGCCUCUUUCCAGGGCCGGGCCUUCUGCUUCCGCCUCUCCCAGUGCGCCCCAACCUCUCAGUGCAUACCAACGACCACUUUCAGUUCUCCUCCAGCGUUCUUACCCAUCGCCACCUCCCCAUUCCCCCCCGCUCUGCCCUCUGUCUGUCUAUCACCAUCCCCAUGCCAGGGCCGGGCCUUCUGCUUCCUGCCUCUCCCAGUGCGCCCCAACCUCCCAGUGCACAUCAACGGCUACUUUGAGCUCUCCUCCAAUCGCCGAGAUAUUUGGUUCGGCGAGGAUAUGGACAGAGCAGGCCGCCUUCGCUCCCAGUGGAACGCCGCCCUGCUGCAGCUCGUUGCCGCCCCGGCGUACCUCGAUCUGAUUCUCGAAGCCGCCCAGCGAAUCGGGCCGCGAGCGGAGUAUUUUGGACUGUUUCCCGCGGGCCCCACCUCGGAGCCCUGGCUUGGGAUGGUCGGGCAGCUGUACAAAAGUUUCGCAAAGCUGCCCGUUUUGUAUUCCAGAGGCCCUCAGGAGUUGCUAGCUGGGGUUGGGGCAGGUGGAGCUGGUGCUGUUACUGGUUUGACUGGUCCUGCUGCCGGUGCUGCUGCUGCGGGUGGUGGUGCUGGUGGUAUUGCUGGUUUAAUGGUGAGGGUGGGAGGAGGAUCAAAGGGCGAAGCAGCUUAUAAAGGGGACGGAAGCUGGGUGUCUCCUGCCACUGCUGUGUUCAGCGAUGAGGAAUUCCGCGAUCCAGAUGGCUUGGAGCUAGCUCUGGUUCAGGAGGGCCUGCCGAUCGUCCGCGCCUCGCCGAACCUCCGGGAGAUGCUCUUCCGGUGGUCCGUUUCCGAGCCUAGAAUCACCAUUCCUAGCGUGGUUCGGGCAAGGUUGAAAACGCCAGGUGUCCACAGGGGAUUGGAGAACAGAGAGGACGCGUUACUGCUGUUAGAGUAUUGUUUAGGGGAUGUGGUAGAUGAUGAAGCUGCAGAGGAGCUGGAUGGGCUUUUGCUGGUUCCUCUGGCGAAUCAGAGCCUGGGGAGGUUUGAGAGAGUGGGGGUAGUUGGGAGAGAAAUAGUUGUAGCUGCGUGGGAGAGAGGAGGGGAGGGGGAGAGAGGAGGAGGAGGAGGAGGAGGUGGAGGAGGAGGAGGAGAGGGAGGGGAGAGGUGGAAGGGGAGGAGGAGUGUGGAGUAUGAGUUACUAAAGGACAGGGCGGGAGGGAGAGUAGUGGACCUAAUGGGUGUGAGGGAGGAUGUGUAUGAGCGUCUGAGGAACAUCGCACUCUCUCCCUCUGCAGGCAAUCUCUCCCCACUCACUCCCUCACUCCUCCUUCGCCUGCUCCAGUCCCUGCUUCCCCCCGACUGGUUCGGACAGGACGAGGUUCCCUGGUUCGGCAGCGUCUCCGAACCUGCUGGUUCGGGGAAGCGCGCGCUUUCAGCGGCUGUGGCGCCGCCGUCUGUCCGAUGGGUCGGGCUUCUUUGGCAGUAUCUGGCUGCCAGCUGUAAGGUUUUGACCGCGUUUUCCGGUUGGCCGCUGCUGCCGACGAAACAGAAGACACUGUGUGCGCUGGAGAAGGGACGGUCUAGGGUGAUUUUGGUUGAGGAGGAGGAGGGGGUGGAGGGGGUGGAGGGGGAGGGGAAGGAGAGAAAGGAAGAGGGCGAGGGGAAGGGACGGGUUUUGUCGGCAGGUGGCGGUUUUCAUGCAAUUUCGGGGUUGCUGGUGAGGCUGGGCUGCCGUAUUCUCUGGAGGAAACUCCCUUCUGGUGUGGCGGAGGUGGGGCAUGUGGGGGAGGGUGGGGAUGUGCAGGGGGAAGCUGUGAAUGGGGAGGCUCUGCAGGUGGCGCAUCCGCAUCUGCACGAGUUUGUGCGGCCAGCCACAGGGGCAGGUGUGUUGGACGCUCUGCAGUCAGCAGCAGACUGGCAUGGAGUGCCCUUUGCCAUGCUCUUCCAGAUGGCUGAGACCGCUCUUGAUAAAGGUUCUCCUUCUGCUGCCGCUCCUCCUGGUGCUGCUGGUGCCCGUGGUGGUGGUGCUGCUGGUGUGGCUGCCCCAGCUGGUAGGACAGCUUCGGGUGGCUUGCUGUCCGAGGCUGCAGUCGAGGCUCGGCGCCAGCUUCGGGAGUUCCUGUGCUCGCCGCAGUGGUACGCUGGGAAUGCAAUGACGGAGGCUCGGCGCGUGCGGAUCUUCAAGUCUCUGCCCAUCUUCGAGGUCUACAGCAACCACCCUUCCACCCCCCCCACCAGUAGCAGCAACAGCAACAGCACCAACACCACAACUACCAGCACCAUCAGCAGCAGUAGCAGUGGAAGCACCACGGGCACCAACCCGACCGCCAUCCAUGCCUCCCUCCCUCUCUUUGUCGACCUGUCAUCCCCAUCCAUUCAGCGCUAUCUGGCACCCUCAGGGGUGGAACCAGCCCUGCUAGGCGAGUCCUUCCUUUGCCCCUCAGACGACCGCGAGGCUGCAGUGCUCUCCCGCGCCCUUGCCAUCCCCACGCUCCCCCGCCCGGCGUUUUUCAAGAUGCAGGUGCUCGCUAGGGUCCAAACGCUGCCGCCCGGGCUGCGAAACAGGACGAUGCUUGCCGUGCUGCAGGAGCUGCCGCAGCUGUGCACUGCGGAUCCGGGGUUGCGGGAUGUGGUGGCGAAUCUGGCGUUUGUGCCAGCGUGGGAUGGGAAAGGGGAUGGGCGACAGCAGCACAAGGUGCAGCAGCAGGAGGAGGUGGAGGGAGGGGAAGUAGCAGGCGCAUCAGCAGUAGGAGCAGCAGGAGGGCCAGGUGCGGCAGGUGCACCUGAGAUGGAUUCAGAUGUAGGAAAUGAGACGCUUUGCCGCCCAGUGGAUCUCUAUGAUUCUCGCAACCCCGAGCUCUGCCACCUGCUUCAAGGAAUGGCUGGCAACUGGUUCCCCGCCGCCCCGUUUUCGUCCUCUUCUGCCCUUGAGAUGCUACUCAGCGUGGGGCUCCGCAGUGCGGUUACCACCGAAACCAUUCUCAGCUGUGCUCGCGCUGUGGAGAGCAUUGCCGCUACAGAUGCGGCUGUAGCGCGGGUGCGCGGGCGGGUUCUUUUGUCCUAUCUGGACGUGAACGCGGCAAGAUGGGUGCCUGUGGCGCAGGGGGGAAGCGCAGGGGCAGGGGGGGUAGGGGGGAGAAGAGGCAUGGGGGGCGGAGGCGGGGGAGGGGGAGGAGGGGGAGGGGCAGGAGGGGGUAUGUUUGCACGUGUAUCGAGCCUGUUCCAGAGCAGUGAAGCAGCGGAGGAGGCUCAGCGCGCAGCAGCUGAAAUGGCCUCGUUUUGGAACGAGCUGACCUCGAUCUCCUGGUGCCCUGUGCUCGUUCCCUCCCCUGCCCCGCCCUUCCUGCCUUGGCCAAGGGGAGGGGAGGCAAAUGCAAGUAGCGAGGAAGAAAACGUAUCAGGCGGGACAGGAGGUAAAGGGAGGGGAAGAGAGAGGGCAGACGAGUCUCGGCCUAGCCCCGUCGCUCCUCCUCGCAUCGUCCGCCCACAGAUCGACACCUGGCUUGCGUCAGCCAGCCUCCGGAUCCUGGACGGCGAGUGCCGCUCCACGCUGAUGUGGCGCCAGCUAGGAUGGGCGCGGCCGCUGACGGGGAGUGUGCUGGCGGCGCAGCUGCUGGAGCUGGGGCGCGUGUGUGGCGCGGAGGUGGCGGAUAGGGGCGCGGGGAAGGCCCUGGCGGGGGCAGUGCCGAGGAUAUACACGAUGCUGUCGGACAUGCUGGGGCAGGAGGAGAUGGAGGUGGUCAAGGCGAUUCUUGAGGUGAGUGCGUCGCAGGGCAAGGUUUCCAGGAGGUGGGUGGGUCUGUCAGAGUACGGGCCGAUCUCCAUGGUGCUGCUCGUUAGAUAUGCUGGGGCAGGAGGAGAUGAAGGUGGUAAAAGCCCGCAGGAGGAGGAGAUGAAGGUGGUGAGAGCCUUCUGUAGGGCUGCAGGUGGGUGUGGGUGGGAGACGGUUUCUGCUCCACCACAGAAUGCGCCUUCUCCGGUCCCAUCCACCCACCUCGCGCCCAACCUCCGCAUCAUCCCGGCCAACCUUGCCGCCUUUCGAGGCCUCCUGCUCGCCCUGAGGGGCUGCAGGUGGGUGUGGGUGGGAGACGGUUUCUGCUCCACCACAGAGUGCGCCUUCUCCGGUCCCAUCCACCUCGCGCCCUACCUCCGCAUCAUCCCCGCCGACCUCGCUGCCUUCCGAGACCUCCUGCUCGCCCUGGGGGUGCGCGAGUGCCUCUCGGGGAAUGAGUACGCCGCUGUGCUUGCGAGCAUCGCUAAAGACGCGCAAGGCCGCCCGCUCGCGCCGCGCCAGCUGGCGGCUGCUGUCUGGCUGGUGCAGCAUCUGGCGGAUCUGCAGUUUGAUUCCGGGGCGGCGGGCGGGGGAGGCGGGGUAGGAGCGGGCGGAGUGGGGGGUGGGGGAGGGGGAGGAGAAGGAAUGGGGGUUGUUGCGAGGGGAGGAGGGGGAGGGAGAGGAGGAGGCAUGGUGUAUGUGCCAGACGCACAGGGAAUUCUAGUGCAUGCCUGUGAGCUUGUGUAUAACGAUGCUCCCUGGUUACCCCAGUUCAUGCGCUCGACUCCCCACUCUCCUCCCUCCUCUCCUUCCGCCGCUCCUUCCGACGCUCCCUCCCCUCCCACUUCCACUCCCUCCUCUCACCAUGCCUCUGCGGCAAACCCAGGCUUCCCAAGCAGCCACGCAGGCUCGGCGGCACCGCCCGAACCUACCCUCCAGGUUCGGUUCGUCCAUGCCAAGAUCUCCAACGACGUGGCAGACAGGCUCGGCGUCCGAUCCUUGCGUCGCCAGCUCCUAUUGGACAGCGGAGCAGCAUCCAUGGCUCUCUCCCUCCACGCCUCUGCCUCCUCCCUCUUCUCCCCCACAUCCCUAGCUGCUUCUACCGGGGCUGCUUCUAACGGGGAUGGGGUGGAGGCGUUCGGGCAGCACGAGGCUCUGACUACUCGUUUGAAGCACAUAGUGGAGAUGUAUCCAGAGGGGCCGGGGGUGCUCUGUGAGUUGGUGCAAAAUGCGGAUGACGCCGGCGCGAGGGAAGCGGCGUUUCUUCUGGAUCACUCCCGAUUCGGCGCUUCUUCGGUGCUCAGCCCGCGAAUGGCUGACUGGCAGGGGCCGUCUCUGUAUGCUUACAACGAUGCUGUGUUCUCGGAUCGCGAUUUGAUUGCGAUUUCGCGCAUCGGGCAGGAUAGCAAGCUGGAGAAGCCGAGUGCUAUUGGUCGGUUUGGGCUCGGUUUCAACUCAGUCUACCAUUUCACCGACGUCCCGGGGUUUGUUUCCGGGCAGAAUCUGGUGAUUUUUGACCCGCACGCAUCGAACCUGCCCGGAAUCACGCCCUCCCACCCGGGCCUGAAGAUCAGCUUCGUCGGCCGCGGCCUCCCGGACCAGUUCCCGGACCAGUUCCGCCCGUUCCUCCUGUUCGGGUGCGACCUGCAGUCCCCGUACCACGGCACUCUGUUCCGUUUUCCGCUUCGGUCCGAAGCUGCGGCGGGUCGGAGCGAGAUCAAGCACGAGCCGUGCUCUCCAGAGGACAUCCGGCAUCUGUUUAAAUCCUUCCAGCGCUCGGCGACAGAAGCGCUGCUGUUUCUGAGAAACGUGGGACGGAUUUCGGUUUUCGAGAGGAUAGAUGCCGGGAGUGAGCCGAAGCUGCUGUUUUGUGCACAGAGAGUAGUUGCUGGUGAGGGGGGGGCGUCAGGAAUGCCUUUUGUUUCAGCACUUCCGUCGCCAGGAAUGGGUCUGAGGGCCCUGGGGGAUUCGGCUGAUGGGGGCAGUUUGCAGCGAGCUAUUUUCGAUUUUGUUCGGGGCAGCCCGCAAAAUCCUCUGAAUAAGGACCAGUUUUACCACAAGCUGCAGCGGGCAGCUGAAGGGCAGCUGCCGAGGCAAUGCGGGCGGAUCUCGAUUUUAGUGACUGAUGGGACGGGACACGUGGCGGCUUCUGAUUGGCUCGUGUCGAAUGCGCUGGGCGGGGGGCGGGCGAGGGAGUGGGCUGUUGCAGUGGAGAACCGUCCGAGAGGGUUCUUGCCAUGGGCCGGCGUUGCUUGUCUUAUUCAGUGGGAAGAGGAGGGGAACACCGGGCUGUUGAAUCUGAUGGGAGUGGGGGAAGAAUCAGAGGAAAGCAGAGAAGGGAAAGAGGAGGGUGGUAACCCACAAGAAGAGAAGCGCGGAUCAGGUGGGCUAGGAGGCAGCUCCGAGGAUACAGGUAAGGAAAGAACGAGGCUGCAAGGAAGGGCCUUUUGCUUCCUGCCCCUGCCCGUGAAAACGAACCUCCCGGUGCACGUCAACGGCUACUUUGAGCUCUCCUCCAAUCGCCGAGACAUCUGGUUCGGCGACGACCUGGCAGGUGCGGGCAAGGUUCGGUCUGAGUGGAACCGGCGGCUCCUGGAGGACGUGGCAGCUCCGGCGUACGCUCGGAUGCUUGCCGAAGCUACCAAGCAGCUUGGGCACGGGCCUGCGUACCAUGCUCUCUGGCCUGGGGCAGGCGCAGGCUCGGGGUUGCGUUCGGGCGUGGAUUCUGGCUCGGGUGCGGCUCGGAGGCAGGUUCGGGGAGAGCUGGUGGAGCCUUGGGAAUCGCUGGCGAAUCGGGUGUAUGUGUGUGUGACUGAGCUCGAUCUGGGUGUUAUCUGGACAGGGGCAGCUGGGGGGAGGUGGAUUUCUCCAAAACGGGCUGUUUUUGCAGACACAGGCUACCCAAAAAUGGAAGAUCUCACAAAUAUUCUGGUCCGCGCAGGCCUUCCUUUGGCAGAUGCUCCGUACCCAGUGGUGGAAAGAUUUCGCUCGGCCUGCCCGCAGCUCAGGUUCCUGACUCCAGCGCUCCUCAGAAAGACUCUGAUUGGCUCGGGCAGGCAGAUUCUUUCGAGCUGCCCGGACGUGGGCCUGGCACUGAACUACUGCCUGAGUGACGUGGACGUGGAAGAAGCUGCUGAGAAGCUUCCAGGCCUCCCACUCAUUCCUCUGGCCAAUGGUACUGUAGGCGCGUUUUCCAGGAUUGACAGUGGCAGCAGCAGCGGCGGCGGCAGCAGGAGGGGUGGGUUGAUGAGUGGUGGUGUGAUGGGUGGGCAUUGGAGCGCUGGGAUGAUGAAACAGUGGGACUCACGAGCCAAGGCCACAGCCAGCAGCAGCAGGGGGGCCUUUGGAACAGCAGGCAGUGGCAGCAGCGGGGGUGCCGGCAGCUUUGGGGGAGGAGGGGCGGUGAGGCUGAUAGUGACUCGGAAUGAGGCGGAGUUUUCGCUGCUGCUGCCCAGUGCCGCCCACCUGCUGGUGCACCGACAGCUGGCAGCAGAGCAGGGCGAGGCGUGGGGGAAGCUGCAGGCCAUGGCCGGGUGGUGGGAGGAGGGCGAGGGGGACAGGGAGGGGGGUGGUGCGGGGGGAAAUGCAGGUGGGGCUGGUGCUGAAGGGGGCAUGGACGUUGGAGAGGUGCUAGGGUUUCUGAACGAGACUCAGCAGCAGCAGCAGCAGCAGAGGCGUAGGGAAAGGGCGAAUGCAGGGGUGAAUCUGGCGGUGGUGUCUGUGCCUGUGCUGGCUGAGCUCAUGCCUAUGCUGCUGCCAGAGUCCUGGCGCGGUCAGGCGUUUGUUGCAUGGCGUGGUGGUGCGGGCGAGGGGGAGAGAGGGAGAGGGUCAAGGGGAGAGGGAGAAGGAGAGGGGGAGGGGGAGGGGGAGGGAGAGGGAGAGGGAGCAGGUGGGUUGCUGAUUCAGGCAGACAUGAGCGCUGCAGCAGCAGCAGGGGGAGCAGCAGGAGGAGGAGGAGGAGCAGCAGCAGCAGGAGGAGGAGGAGCAGCAGCAGCAGCAGCAGGAGGAGGAGGAGGAGCACGAGGAUUCGGUCCUGAAGCGGAAGGGAUUGAGUUCUUGGAGUCUGAGGGACCGUCCCUGGAGUGGAUUCAGCAGUUCUGGAGCUACCUCUCCUCCUCCGCCUCCGCCUCUCCCACUACCACCGAUUCCCACAUCCCCACCACCGCCAUCACCACCUCCUCCUCGUCCUCCUCUCCCUCUCUUCCCUCUCCACCUCAUGCCAGCCUGUCGCUCAUCGCUGAUUGGCCACUCGUCCCAACCACCAAUGGGCAGCUGCGGCAGUUGCAGGCAGGGGGCCCGCUGCUGCGACCGGGGGGAGGGGACGGGUGGAGUGAGAGCAUGCUGUCUCUCUUUGCACGCCUGGGCGUGUAUGUGGUGCGCAGCGAUGUGAAUCUGGACCACCCGGGCUUGAGGGAGUAUCUUCACGAGGCCUCGGCUGCUGGGAUUCUCGACGCCAUUGCUGCUGCCGCCGCGAACCAUGCUGCUGCUGCUGCGGCUUCUGCCGCCGCCUCUUCUGCUGCUGCAGCGAAUAGACGAGCAGUGGGAGUAGGCCUGGCGUCGUCAGAUGUUAGAAGAGCAGGAGCAGGAGGAGGAGCAAGAGUAGGGGCGAGAGCAGGAGCAGGUUCAUAUGGGGUAGGUCUAGCUGUGUCAGUUGACCUUGCUGAGUCAGCAGCAGCCAACCCGUCAGCAGCCUCUGUUGCUGCAGCAGCAGCACUAGUGCCGCAUCUAGAUGCGCUCCUCUCGCUCUUCCAGGGAGCAACGGACGGGGAGAGGAGAGAGCUGCGCAGCAUCUUGUGCCAGUCCAAGUGGUUCCCCCCGACAGAUGGCCCUUCCGACUCAUCUGCUGCUGCUGCUGCUGGUACGGUUGUUGCACAUGCCUUUGGCCUGUCCAGAGGUCUCAAGCAUGUUUCAGAACCUGCCCCGUCGCAUCCAGGUGGCGUUCUCUCAGAGCGCCACAUCAGCAUGCUGCGAGCUCUGCCGAUCUUCGAGUCUUACGGCACCUGGUCGGCCCCUGAAACCCGGUCAGAUGCAGAUAAGAAACAGCAAGGGGGUGGUGCUGGCCUCUCCGCUGGCCCCUCCGCUGGCCUCUCCACUGGUCUCUCCGCUGGGCGUGUGUUUGUGGAUCUGCUCACAGCUCCCCGCUUCUUCGCCCCGCCAUCCAUCGACGAGUCGCUUCUCGACGCCUCAUUCGCGGGGGUGGCAGCGAUGGUGGCAGUGGUGAGGGACCUGCCGCGGCUGGCAGAGGAGGACGAGCGGAUAGUGAAGGAGCUCAGCAGGCUGCCGUUCCUGCCCACUCCCUCCAGCCUGCUCAAGGCGCCCUGCAGUCUCUACGACCCGCGGGUUGCUGAUCUCACAUCUCUCCUCGACGCAUCUCUCUUCUUCCCAGCACCACCCUUCUCCUCCCCCGCCCUCCUCCCCACGCUCCUCUCCCUCGGCCUCCGCACCACCAUCGACCGCCGCGCACUGCUCGCCUCUGCCCGGUCUAUCCAAGAGGCUUGCCGAGCAGGGGGCGAGGGACAGGGUGCAGCAGCAAGGCAGGGUGUGGCAGUAGGAAGGGGUGGUUCUGAUUUUGAUCGGUCAGCUAGUCAUCGCGGUGAGAUCUUGGCUCGAGCGCGUGCCUUGCUGGCACAUCUGGAUGCGCGCCAGGUGGCGGAAGAUCAGUGGAGGAGCCUUGGCGGAGGGAGGGCAGGGGCCGAGGAGGAGCAGGAGGGUCAGGAUGGGUUGGGAAGGAGGAGUGGUAGUGGUGGUGGUGGUGGGUUUGAUGAUGGGUUUCUGGAAGGUGGUGGUGAUUGGUCGAGAUUGGGUGCGCUGGGUGGCUUUGCCGCCGGGGGAUUCAGUGGAGAGGAUGGGUAUGCGGCUGUGGUGGGGAGGCAUAGGGGGAGCGAGGCAGAGUGGGGUGACGACGUGUGGGUGGUGGGCGGCAGCAUGUGCAUUCUGGGCGGCGAGGUGCGGUCGGACAGCCUGGCGCGCAAGCUGGGGUGGCGGGACCCCCCGCCUGUGGAGGCUCUGGUGUCUCAGUUGCUUGCUCUGGCUGCUUUGCAUGGGUGUGCUGUGGCUGAGAGGAGGGGGCGGGAGGAGAGAGGGGAUAGGAGCGGGGAGAGGAGGAGGGAGAAGCGAGGGGUGAGGAGAGGGGAGAGGAGGGGCGGGAGGAGUGAGGGUGAGAUUGAUGGGGAGAGGAGGAGGGACGAACAUGGAGAGGAAAUGGAAGGAAUAGGAGAGGGGAGAGAGGAGGGAGAGGAGGGUGAGGAGGAGCAGGAGGAGGAGAAUGAGGAGGAAGAGGAGGAUGAAGUGACAGUGCUGGAACGAAUCUUAUCAAAAGAAGUCCCGAGAAUCUAUGCGUAUCUGGAACAGCACAUGGGCUCUCCGUCCUUUUCUGCCGCCCGGACGUCCUUCCAAUCAGUGGCCUGCAUUUGGGUCGGCGACACAUUCAUCGCACCUUCCUCCCUCGCCUUUGACUCGCCCGCCCACUUCCACCCCUACCUCCAUGUCGUGCCGACAGAAGCCGCCCGCUUCCGCACCCUGCUGACGUGGCUAGGCGUCAGAGAGACAUUCAAGGUGGGGGAUUACGCCCAGGCGCUAGCCCACCUGAAAAGAGACCUGGAGUGGCGAGACCUGAGGCUUGGGGGAGGCUCGGGAGAGGUUCGGGGAGCUGGAGGAGCAAGAGGAGGUUCGGGGGGAGGGGGAGCAGGAGGAGGGGAAGGAGGGGGAGGCAGAUCUGGGGCUUUAUCUCCAGACCAGUUCUCGUUUGUGUUGAGGGUUUUGGAGGCUAUAGUGGAUGCCCUACCGCCAAGUGGCGAGCCGCCAUUGGCCGGCACGGUCCUGGUACCUGAGGCUUCAGGAGGGCUGGUGGCGGCUCGGGAGCUGAUUUUCAACGAUGCUGCGUGGCUCGGUAAAGCAACGGUGGACGGGCGGAGUCGCUUUGUGCAUCCCGACGUGCCCCACGCCAUAGCGGAGCGCCUUGGCUCGCGCUCCCUGCGAGGACUGUCGCUGGACGGCCCCUCUGCUGCCACCUCGCUGCCUUGCCUCCCAGCGGUGGUGAUAUCGGAGCUGCUAGAAGGCUGGGCAGCGGACGCGCACCUCCUCCUCUUUGAUCUGCUGGAGGUGGCGGAUGCAUGUGGUGCCCGGGGAGUGGAGUUUGUGUGGGACCAGCGGCACCACCCGGAGAUCUCCCUUCUGCAACCCAACCUGGGUCAAUUCCAGGGUCCUUCUCUCACCAUCCUUUUCCACGGAGCCCAGCUCACCUCAGAGGACAUUUGCCAUCUGCACACGCCUCCCCCCAUCCGUCUCCGCGACGCCACGUGUCGCUACGGCACUGGUCUGCUGGGCGCAUACCACCUCUCCGACCUCCCCCUCAUAGUCUCAGGAAGCUUCCUCUACGCCUUCGACCCCUCGGGUCAUCAUCUUUUCUCUGGUUCGGCUGGUGGUGCUGCUGGUGCUGGUGGUAGUAGUGGUGGCUUGUCUGGUGCUCGUGGCUCAUCAGGGUCACCUGGUGGAUCGAGGAGGAGAGGAGGAGGGGACGACAUGGCUGCUCCUGUUGCUCGAGCCUUUUCCCUCAAAGGCUCAGGCUCCUCAAGCUUCAUCAAUCGAUUCCCUGACCAGUUCCGGCCCCUCACCUUCGCCCCUUCCUCCUCCUCCUCCUCUCACUCUUCUCACUCCUCUCACUCCUCUCACUCUUCCCACUCCUCUCACACCUCCACCACCGCCACCUCUUUCUGGGACGAAAACACGGUACUGCGCUUGCCCCUUCGCACGCAGCAGCAGGCAGACUCUAGUCCAAUCAGGAGAGGCCACGUGGCAGGGCCGUGGGAUAUUGUUCUGAUGGCGCAGCUGCUGCAGCAGCAUGGGGCGGCGUCGCUUGCCUUUUUAAACUCUGUGGAGACGGUGUCGUUCUCUGUGUGGCCGGCUGACGCUGUCCAACCGGAAGAGUUUUUCCAUGCCCAGGUCCGAGCAGGCAUGGGGUCACUGAGAGCGCCCUUUCAGGACCGCAAGGUGCGGAAGCAAGGCUUCCUCUCCAGCCUCUUCGCCCCGGGAGGUGGGGGCAGCAGUGGCACCAGCAGCAGCAGCAGCGGCGGCAGCCUGAAAGCGUUCACUCUUGACGUUCUCACCAAGUCGCAGUCCCUUGCCCCACUGCUGCCGCUGCUGGGGGGUAGUGGUGGAGGGGAGGGAGGAGAGGGUGUGGAAGGAGAUGAGGGGCUGGGGCGUGGGGAGGGUGGAAGGGAAGGAGAAGGGGAGCAGAGGCUGGAGAAAGGGAAAGGGACAGAGGACGUGGGAGGGGAGAAGGGGACACUGCAGAAGCAGCAGCAGGAAGAGGAAAGGAGGAGUGGAGAGAGGUUGGGGAAGGUUGCGGGCCACGCGGGAGGUGGUGGAAAGAAGGCUGGAGUCUCUGACGUGGCGAUUGAUCGUUGGCUUGUGGUGCAGACGUUUGGAGCUGGGAGUUCCCUGGAUAUGGCAAGAAGCAAGAGGUAUCUCUCCUUCAACCUCUCACCAGUGGCCGGCGCCGCCACCCGAAUCCUCCGGAACGGCGAGAUCAUCCCCUUCGCCACCAUCCACCCCUUUGCCCCACAACCAGAAGCAUUACCACCCCUCUCAACCGUCUCCUCUUCCUCCUCCAACCUCUCCGCCCUCCGCCCGCUCCUCCCGCCCUCGGUUGUUCUCGCGCCGCUGCCCGUGCCUCUCAACCUGCCCUUCCCAGUGGCUCUUUUCGGCCACUUCCUCCUCCUCCGCAACCCCGGAUCCCCUCGCUCCCUCUUCCUCCCUUCCCCCUCUUCCUCUCCCGCGUCCUCCUCCCUCUCCUCCACUCCUUUGCCGCCGUCUGCUGACGUGGCACCGGGCGCCACGUCAGCAGCUGCCACGUCACCGAUGGACGCGCUGAUGCAGGCGUGGAACGAGGAGCUGCUGACAGGUGUCCGCGAGGCGUACAUCGGCCUCCUGCUGGAGAUGCAGCGGAUCAGAAUCGGCGAAUCACGGCUCGUAUCGGGCAUAUCUGGCGUUUCAGGAGUGUCCGCAGCAAUGUCGAGUAGUAUGUCCCAGCAGUCUCAGGGGUUCAGAGGCAGCAACCGGCAGCAUCAGCAGUAUCACCAUCAGCAGCAGCAGCAGUUGAGGGGGGCGUUGUUUCCAGCAGACCAGUUCUACUCCCUCUUCCCUCGCUCCUCCGGUCCUGCUCGUGCUGCUCUUCCCGCUAUCACCACUGCUUCCUCUUCCCUGCAUCCCACCUCUUCUCAGCCUGCUUUCCCUGAGAAUGAGCCGAAAAGACAGCCAAUAGCAGCAGCAGGCGCUGCUACAACAGGCGAUGAGGUGGCGCUGCGUGAUUGGAUGGUGCGGCCGAUGUACGUCCGGCUGGCAGAGCUGCCCGUGUGGCAGCUCCACAGUGGAGCAGCCGUGCAAGUCAGCCAAGGAAUGUUCCUCGUCCCGCCCCCGGGAUCUUCAACCACCCUGUCUAUAAGCACCCCUUCGACCAGCACUCCUGCCAGCAGCAGCUCCGUUAUAAGCACAUUAAGCACAUCUGCUAAUAGUGGAGCGCCGCCAGAAGCGGUGUGUGAGUUUCUGCGGGCGCACUACCGCGUGUUCAGCGUGCCGUGGGACCUGGUGGGGGAGCUGCAUGCGGCCGGCGUGGCCACUCAGGCGCUGACACCUGGCAUGCUGCGGUCCCUGCUGCGCGGGCCGAAUGCCACCACGAGCUCUGUCCCCGUGACGACACAGGUCGAUUUGCUGGAGUAUUGCUGUGCCGACAUUCAACUGCCCGACCCGGCCUCUUAUCCCGUGCUGCCACCUGGCAGCUCAUCAUCCGCCAGCCAGGCUGGCAGCGCUGCCACGUCAGCAGCGCCACGUGGCGCUGCAGGAGCGUUUAGCAUGAUUCCACUGCCCAGAGAGGUGCGGGCACUGCUGAGGGGCGGAGGAGGGGAAGGGGGAAGCAGAGGGGGAGGGGGAGGGGGGGCGGGGGAAAGCAGAGGGUUAGGGGUGGGAGCAGCAGAAGCGUUGCUGCGGAGGCUGGAAGGGGCGAGGAUGGGGGGGCUGGACGGCGCAGCAGCAGCAAGGGGAGGGGGAGGAGGAGCAGGGGGCGGUGGCGGCAGUGGUGGAAGCAGUGGGUUUGGCUCGCGGGGUGGGUAUGCUGGGUACGGUGGCGCUGCUGCUGUUGCUGCUGGUGGUGCUGGUAGUGGUACUAGCACAGCAGGGCAUGGGCAUGGGCAUGGGCAUGGGCAGGGCUAUGGGCAUGGUGGGCAAGGGCAAGGGGAUGGCAUGCGCAGUGAUGCAGAUGCCCUGGCGGAUCUUAUGGCUCAGUUCGGCCGCUCCGUGUUCGAUUUCGGGCAGAAUGUUCUCGACGAGCUUGAUGCUGCCCGGGCAGGUGCGACGGGCAGCGAACAAAUAAACUCGGGAGAAGGAAGGGGAAGAGGGGGAGGAGGGAGAGGAGGAGGUGGGGGAGGAGGGGAGGGAGAGGAGAGGCCUGCACUGACAGAGGAGGAAAGGGAGAGACUUGCAGCAGAGGAAGCUUUCAGGAAGGCAGCAGAAACCAAGGUUGCAGAAAUGAAGGGCGUUCCCAUACCUACUGGUACGGUGUCCGACCCUGCGUUCCGAGCCUUCCAAUCCGAGCCUCAGAGGCACGGUGGGGCCGGCGGGGGUCUGGCUAGGCUCGGGAAAGACCUCCUCAUAGUCGCCACAUGGGACCAGCAGCGGCUGUUGCCGAACCUAGCGCACAGGUUCGUUCACCGAACCUGCCUGGCUCGCCAGCUUCUGAAAGCCCUCUUCCUGCACCCGAGGGCCUUCUGGGCUCUGCUGAAACGCUCCUCCCUUUCUACGGCAACUGCUACCCAGGCACUUGGCAGCAGCAUAGGGCAGCAGGAGUGGGUGGAGAUCUUUGAAUCAUGGCCGUUGAUUCCCGCCGUGACACGUGGCGGCAGUGUACUAGUCAAGGUUGCUUUCCGGGCAGCUGUUUUCGUCCCUCCAGAUGCAGGUGCGGCUCCUGCCGAGCCUCCUGCUGAGCCUCCUGCCGAGCCUCCUGCUGAGCCUCCUGCCGUGCCACCUGCCGAGCCUGCAGUGCCUGUGUCAGGAUUAGGAACUAGUGGGGAAGGUAGUUCAGGGGGAGGUGGCAUUCAGGGCUGGGAAUCUGCUGCAGUGGCAGCUGUAGGGUGGGCUGAUUUUGGAGAUUCAGCUACUGCUGGCACCUCUGCUGCCUCUGAUGUAUCUUCUCCUGUUGAGAGUUCUGAAGCUGGAGCAGCCAAUGACAGGCUGCCACGUGGCACCACAGCAGAGUCUGAAACCAGAGGGACCACUACUCAGUACUCGCAGAAGCACCUGAGCUCUGAGUUUCGGCGGCUGCUGUGGAGAUUCGACGCGCUGGACCGGGACCACCCGUGGCUGCUCCCGGUCCUGCGGGACAGGCUCGGCAUCCCGAUCUUCGACCGGAGGUUCGUCGCUUGCUCCGAAGCACUCCGGUGCUGCGAGGAGGCUCGGAUAGGAGGCUCGGACAACACCCAUCACACCCAGCAGCAGCAGCAGCAGCAGCUGUCUCUGCAGCAGCUGGUGCUGGCUCGGCUGCUAGCAGUUAAAUCAUUUGAUCGGCUUCCUCCCCCUGCUGCUCUCGCUCUAGCUCUCUCUCCUCAGGACU